AACCACUCGAAGUAAUGGUGCUAACAGUUUCGAGCUCACAGUGUCUGGUAGCGGGGAAUAACUAGUUAUUAUAUAAGUUAUUAUUAAGAUAUUAUCUGUGGUUUAUAUUGUGGUUGAUAAAUGACUUUAUCUAUGAUAAAUGACCAUGACAAAAAACAUAACCACACAUAAGCUGAUGUUUGAAGUUUAUAUGAAAACAACAAGUUAAUAAGUGAUUUAUUAAAACUUAAAUCUCUCUAAAUGCAGAAUGAGUGCCUAUGAACAUUUACUUUAUUAUGCUAGAGAAAUUGUAAAUAUAAAGAAGAAUUUGUGGCCAAAUUGGCCAAACAGUUUGAUAGACUGCCUUAUAAAAGCCCUACAUACUGGAGAUGUGGAGAAGUUUAAGGAAUUAGUUGAUAACUGCUUGGAUAUUAAUCACCCUAAUGAGAGAGGAUUUUCUUUAAUCCAUCUCGUAAUUUUAGUUGAGAACUUAGAUAUUCUUGAUAUUUUGUUGCAACGUCCAGAUAUAAAUUUGAACGUGCAGUUUUUGGGAGAAACACCUUUGAGUCUCAGUUUACAAUUGGAGAACUUCAAGGAGCCAGCAAUUAAACUUAUAAAUGCAGGUUGUGAUGUAACAAUUCCUAAUGAUGAUUUUAUAACACCACUACAGUUGGCUGUAUCCAAAAAUUCCUUAGAGGUGUGUGAAGCUCUUGUCAAACAUGGUGCAAAUGUUAAUGCAGCUGAUUUUUAUGGGGCAACUCCCUUACAUGAAGCAGUAUCUGAUCCAGUGAAAGUUCCAAUUAUUCAAAUGCUUUUAUUUUAUGGAGCAGACCCUACUUAUAGAUGUGAUGAUGGCUACACUCCAUUCAUGAGAAGCCUUCACAGUUAUGAUGCUGCAAUGGAACUGUUAGAGUAUGAAGUAGACUUUAAUAUUUCUACAAAAGACCAUUUAAGAUCAAGUACACUGUUGCUUGCACUGUCUUUUAAAAAUCCUAUUGCUUUUGAAAUCAUAAAAAGAGGUGGUGAUGUGAAUUAUGUGAGUACUUUAGGUGAUCAUCCACUGCAAGAUGCCAUAUUUUGGAAAGACCCUACUAUGUUUAAAGAAUUAUGGUUGAGGAUGGACAAAGAAGUGAUUUUCUGUACUUCAUUUCCUAUACUAGAUUUAUAUUUUUCUGAAUUUUGUCACUUUAAUGUGAACGAAUGGAUUGACUGUUUAUAUGAAAUUUUUGAGUCUGAUAUUGCAUUUGAUAUUGUAGAUAGUUAUGUAUGUCUGACAAGAAAUCCCUUUAGUUCUGUGAUUGAAGGCUUAGCUGCUCGAAUGGUACCAAAAGAAGAUAGAAUUAAGAUCAUUUAUUUAUUUCUGUCUCAUUCAAUGCCUGUAGAAAGCAAUGAUGUAUACUUAAUGUACAAGCAUUUUGGAUACAAUGAAGAAGUUGAGGCUUUAUUGCUAACAGAAAUUGAUCAAAGCCCAUUCACAGUAAACAGUUGUUUACUACCUAGUCUGCUGUUAACCAUUCAUUCUGAUGUAAAUACUAUUGUUAAGUCGUUUAUAGAAGAUUAUGUUCCCACUUUUUCAUUUCCUUAUUUUUUGAAAGAAGUUUUACUUAUGUUCCAAUACUGCACACCAACUGAGGAGUUUAAAACUGUGUAUUUUCAAACUAUAGUACCUAUGAUUGAUUUCGUCGACAAUACAGGAUGGGGCAGUUCUAACAAAGAAAUUAAAGAACUUAAUUCUGUAGUCAUGAGUAAACUAUACAUUCGUACAGUACCUUCAUUUGAUGAUGUUCAAGUAUGUGAUAUGGCUCAUGUGCCCCUUGAGAACAGUAGCAUUGAUGUUGUUGUCUUCUGUUUAUCUUUAAUGGGAACAAACUUGAAAGAUUACCUCUUAGAAGCAAACAGGGUGUUAAAGAUAGGGUCUGUUCAACAUUUGUCGUGUUAA